GAAAACCCAAAGAGUAAGCAAUGGUCCCGUGGCGUCCGCUUCCGGUGUGUCCGUGAUUGAUAAUUUGAUGUUAUGUACUUCCGAGCAAAGCAAAUGGAAAAAGCGGUGAAAUAAAAGUCUUCUUUUACGGCCCCUCCUCACACUCUCGAUCUCCAUUGUAGAUUCUCAUUCAACCGACGAAUCACAACCAGAAGAAAAUCCAUUUCAUUUUAUCAAAUCGAUUAAAAACCAACACCGCCGUGUCAAACUUUCAAACAUCUUUCUCUUCACGAAAACCUAAUUUUACCUUUCCGGUAUGCGGUUCACGGUUUCCAUGACUUCGUGUCCAAAACCUGUUGGGCGACUGUCCAUUUUCCCUUUCUAAUCUCUGUCUUUUCUUUUCUGUUGUUUUAUAAUCUAAACCCUUGGGGAUCUAUCUGAUUGGGAUUCUUGAUUGUUAUCCAAAAGGCUUCUGAUUGAAUUGACUGGAAUAUCGGUUUGCAACUAAUAAUUCCGCGUUUAAAGUUGACGACAGCCAGAUUCGCGUUGGCGUUUCGAAUGUGGUUGUAGACAGAUGAGUAUUUUGCAAUGAGUGCGAUAAGGGGAUUGCUUGUCCAUGGAAGCAUCGGACAACCGAUUAUCUGAUCUGGUAGGCGCAUUGAAAUCAUGGGUCCCUCGGCGGUCCGAGCCAGCUAAUGUGUCGAGGGACUUUUGGAUGCCCGAUCAGAGUUGCAGGGUUUGCUACGAGUGUGAUUCCCAGUUUACCUUUUACAAUCGCAAACAUCACUGUAGAUUUUGUGGCCGUGUAUUCUGUGCCAAGUGCACUGACAAUUGGGUGACUCCACAGUCUACUGAUUCAGAUACCAUCAGGCAAGAUUCAGGGAAGAUUAGGGUUUGUAAUUACUGUUUCAAACAAUGGCAGCAAGGUGGCUUAGACACCUCUGUUGAUCAUGGGAUCCAGGUCACCAGCCUGGAUCUCAGCACUUCUCCUUCCACUGCCAGUCUCGUCAGUACCAAAUCUAGUGGCACUGCUGACAGUAGUUUUGUAACUUGUACAUCUUUCCCACAUUCAGUCGACUCUUACCAACAGAAUCCAAAUCAUUCUGGAAUUAGUCCUCGUCAAUCUUCAGUGAUGGAAUCAAAUUUACACGAUGAAAUCACUGUUGAUAACUCCUAUUAUGAUGAACUACAACUAGAUGAUGUCAGCAAUGAUUACGGAUCUCGUAAAGUGCAUCCAGAUGGAGAAGAAGCCACUGUUGCAAAAAGUGAAAGCAGUUCUUCAUUACAAAACAGUUUUGAUUCCAGGUAUUUCGAGAAAAAAGAAGAUGAACCUGAUGUUAAUGAUGAAUGUGAAGCUUCUUCUUCAUCUUUAUAUGCUGCACAAGACAUUGAAUCCGAGCCUGUUGAUUUUGAGAACGAUGGUUUCCUAUGGCUACCUCCUGAACCUGAAGACGAAGAAGACGAAAGAGAACCACUUCUAUUUGAUGAUGAUGAUGAUGGGGAUGGUGCAGGAGAGUGGGGAUAUACCCGUAGUUCAGACACUGUUGGGAGUGGAGAGUUUCGCAAUAGGGAUAAAUCAAAUGAAGAGCACAAGCAGGCAAUGAAGACUGUAGUUGAUGGACACUUUAGGGCUUUAGUAUCUCAGUUGUUGCAGGUUGAGAACCUUUCUGUAGGUGAAGAAGAUGAUAAAGAUGAUUGGUUAGAGAUAAUCACAUCGUUGUCAUGGGAGGCUGCAUCAUUGCUAAAACCAGACACAAGUAAAGGUGGUGGGAUGGAUCCAGGAGGUUAUGUGAAGAUAAAAUGUUUAGCUACUGGACGUCGUUCUGACAGUAUGGUGGUCAAAGGAGUUGUUUGUAAGAAAAAUGUGGCACAUAGGCGGAUGACAUCAAGAAUAGAGAAACCAAGAUUCAUGAUUCUUGGAGGUGCUCUCGAGUAUCAACGAGUUUCUAACCUCCUAUCAAGUUUUGAUACUUUACUACAACAGGAAAUGGAUCAUCUGAAGAUGGCUGUAGCAAAGAUAGAUGCCCACCAGCCUGAUGUACUUUUGGUAGAGAAAUCAGUUUCACGAUAUGCACAAGAAUAUCUCCUGGCAAAAGACAUAUCACUUGUUUUGAAUAUCAAAAGGCCACUUUUGGAAAGAAUAGCCCGAUGCACUGGUGCUCAGAUAGUUCCUUCAAUUGACCAUCUUUCCUCUCAGAAAUUGGGAUACUGUGAUUUGUUCCAUGUUGAAAAGUUUGUUGAAGAACAUGGAACUGCAGGCCAGGCUGGCAAGAAAUCUUUGAAGACAUUGAUGUACUUUGAAGGGUGUCCAAAACCCUUUGGUUGCACUAUAUUACUCAGAGGUGCAAGUGGUGAUGAAUUGAAGAAAGUGAAGCAUGUGGUUCAGUAUGGAGUUUUUGCUGCUUAUCAUUUGGCAUUGGAGACAUCUUUUCUUGCUGAUGAAGGAGCUUCACUGCCCGAACUGCCCUUGAAUUCUCCACUAACUGUGGCACUUCCUGAUAAGGCAUCAAGUAUUGACCGGUCAAUUUCAACAAUACCUGGUUUUACUCUCCCACCAAACGAGAGAUCCGAGGGCCCACAUAAAUACACUGAAACAGAAAGGUCAAACAAUGCUCCUAUGGCAGAUGUAUUUUCUUCUAUAAUGAGCCAGAAGGCACAAGUAAUGCUGAUGCCACUUGGAUCCAAUACUCAUAACCAUCAAGAUUCUUUAGAUGCUACUGAUGCACCAAUUGAAACAAAGGAUCCUGCUGAUGUGACUGCCAAUGGGUUUGGGCAUCCUCACCCCCAACACAGUUUGGUUAGGAGUUCACAUAAUAGUGAUGAUGGAUUGUAUUUGCAAAUGGAUGGAAAAAAUGGGAAAGAGGAAUCUGUUUCAUCAAAGGAAGAGUUUCCUCCUACACCAUCAGAUCAUCAGAGCAUUUUGGUAUCUUUGUCAUCACGAUGUGUCUGGAAAGGGACUGUGUGUGAAAGAUCUCAUCUUUUUCGCAUCAAAUAUUAUGGAAACUUUGAUAAACCAUUGGGACGUUUUCUUCGAGAUAAUCUCUUUGAUCAAGGUUAUAGAUGUCCUUCGUGUGAGAUGCCUUCAGAAGCACAUGUACAAUGUUACACACAUAGGCAAGGAACCCUAACCAUAUCCGUGAAGAAGUUGCCUGAAAUUCUGUUACCAGGAGAAAAAGAAGGCAAGAUUUGGAUGUGGCACAGGUGCUUGAAGUGUCCACGGGUUAGUGGUUUCCCACCUGCAACUCGAAGAAUUGUGAUGUCAGAUGCUGCCUGGGGUUUAUCAUUUGGGAAGUUUCUAGAACUCAGCUUUUCUAACCAUGCUGCUGCUAGCAGGGUUGCAAACUGUGGCCAUUCACUACAUCGGGACUGUCUUCGCUUUUAUGGGUUUGGCAAAAUGGUUGCUUGCUUCCGCUAUGCACGAAUUGAUGUCCACUCUGUUUACCUUCCACCUGCGAAACUUGUUUUUAAAUAUGAGAAUCAGGAGUGGAUACAAAAUGAACUGAAUGAGGUUGUUAGCCGGGCUGAGCUGUUAUUUUCCGAAAUCCUUAAUGCCCUGAGCCAGAUAGCAGAGAAGAAUUUUGGGAAAAGUUCAGUUAAUAGUAGCUCACCAUCAAGACGCCAGAUAGCAGAUUUGGAAGAUAUGUUACAAAAGGAGAAAGCAGAAUUUGAGGAGUCACUUGAGAAGAUUUUAAACCAGGAGGGAAAGAAAUGCCAAAACAUGAUUGAUAUUCUUGAGAUUAACCGAUUGCGAAGACAGCUGUUAUUCCAAUCGUACGUGUGGGACCACCGACUCGUUUAUGCAGCCAGUGUUCAUAGCAACAGUCCACGUGGCGAUCUGAACGAAUCAAGAUCCGAAAAUAAUGAUUCAUACAAAGAUUCAGAUGUUACUGAGACUCAGCCUCAAGUGAUCAAUGAAGAUUCUGACCAUGAAAAUUCUGAUCCAGCAACAUCACACGAUGUAGGGGUAAAUAGGUCAUUCUCCGAAGGGCAGCUUUCUGUUAUGGCAAGUUUGUCAGAUACCCUAGAUGCUGCCUGGACAGGUAAUAAUCACACAGGGGUACAAAAGGAUAAUACUCUAUCUGUCAUUUCUGAUGCUGACGUGGCAGAUUCUUCAGUGGCGGAUCGCGUGGAAGAAUCGUCCAAGUCAUCACUUUCAUCUCCUUCAUUGUCUACACGAAAUUCUGAAAAUAUAGACGAAGCAACAAGCUGGUUCAGCAUGCCAUUUUUAAACUUUUACCGUGCGUUACCAAGUUCUCAAAAGCUGGACACACUCAACGAUUACAAACCUGUUUACAUCUCAUCAUAUCGCGAAUCAGAACUCCAGGGUGGCGCUAGGUUGCUCAUGGCAGUGGGUGUAAAUGACACUGUUGUCCCUGUAUACGAUGACGAACCCACAAGUAUCAUAUCAUACACGCUGCUCUCAGCUGAUUAUAUCUCCCAAAUGUCCGGUGAUUUUGAGAGACUAAGAGAUGGUGAAUCAUCAUCGUCAUCUUCUAUCUUCACAUCACAAUCUGCUGAUCCAGUCAUGUUUCAGUCGUUUUCCAAUUUUGAUGAAACAACACUUGAAUCUCUUAGAAGUAUUGGAGAUGAAAGUCUUUUAUCCAUGUCAGCGUCUCGAAGCUCCCUGAUGCUUGACCCUGUGUCAUAUACAACAGCUUUACACGCGAGAGUUGAGUUUACAGAUGAUGGACCACUUGGGAAAGUGAAAUAUACUGUGACUUGUUACUAUGCAAAACGCUUUGAGGCAUUAAGGAGAAUAUGUUGCCCUUGUGAACUUGAUUAUAUACGGUCUCUUAGUCGGUGUAAAAAAUGGGGUGCUCAAGGUGGUAAAAGUAACGUUUUCUUUGCGAAAACUUUGGAUGAAAGGUUCAUAAUCAAACAAGUUACAAAAACAGAGCUUGAGUCGUUUAUCAAAUUUGCUCCUGCAUACUUCAAGUAUCUAUCUGAGUCUAUUGGUACUGGAAGUCCUACAUGCCUUGCAAAGAUUUUGGGCAUUUAUCAGGUGACUAAGCAAAUGAAAGGCGGGAAAGAAUCGAAGAUGGAUGUGCUGGUUAUGGAGAAUCUCUUAUUUGGAAGGAAUCUAACACGGCUUUAUGAUCUAAAAGGAUCUUCAAGAUCACGGUAUAAUCCUGAUUCCAGUGGGAGUAACAAAGUAUUACUUGAUCAGAAUCUGAUUGAAGCGAUGCCAACUUCUCCGAUAUUCGUCGGAAACAGAGCCAAACGGUUGUUGGAAAGAGCUGUCUGGAAUGAUACUGCUUUUCUUGCUUCGAUUGAUGUGAUGGAUUAUUCGUUGCUAGUUGGGGUAGACGAAGAGAAACACGAACUGGUAUUAGGGAUUAUCGACUUCAUGAGACAGUAUACAUGGGACAAACAUUUGGAGACAUGGGUGAAGGCUUCCGGGUUCCUUGGGGGACCCAAAAACGCGUCUCCAACUGUUAUCUCGCCCAAACAGUACAAAAAGAGAUUUAGGAAAGCAAUGACAACCUAUUUCCUUAUGGUACCCGAUCAAUGGUCUCCUCCAGCUGUUGUACCAAGCAAGUCACACACACAAACUGAAGAUGUGGUGGAAUGAUAUAUGAAUGAUGUAUAUUUUCAUGAUUUACUUUUUACAUAUAUAUAGUGUUUUUAAUAUUCAUUUUUGAGCACAUCACCAUCAUCAUCCAUGAAUAUUCUGGGGAAAAAGAUUUAGAGAAUUGGUUUGUUAUUUGUUGCAAGGUGAAAGAGAAAAAAAAAAGGCUGUUAGAAAGGCCAAACAGUUUUUGUACAUGAGUGUUUUGUCGUUGUUGUAUGUGUACAUUGAUAGUC